AUGGCUCUGAAUGCGUCAGCGCCUGCGCCCAUCUCGGUAGACGAGUCCCUAAAUGACGCCGACUCGUCAUAUGGCGGCGAAGGCGAUGCUGUGUCGGAGACAACAUCGCUGUACUCCGCGAUCACGAAUCAUGUGUAUGAGAAUGGACGACGAUAUCACAGCUACCGCGCGGGCUCCUACUGGGGUCCGAAUGACGAACCCGCCCAAGACAACCUCGAUCUCUUCCACCACAUCUUUACGCUGACCCUUGAGGGCAAGCUUUUCCUCGCGCCCAUAAGUCCCUUCCCUCAACGCGUGCUCGACAUAGGAACGGGCACGGGAAUCUGGGCCAUUGAUUUCGCAGACCAAUUCCCGUCUGCGUCCGUCAUAGCGACCGAUCUCACGCCCAUCCAACCCCGCGACGUCCCCCCCAAUCUGGAAUUCCAAAUCGACGAUUUCUGCCAGUCGUGGACAUUCUCGAAAUCGAGUUUUGACUUCAUACACGCAAGGAGUAUAUAUGGAUGUGUGGCCGAUUAUGAUGUGCUGUAUGGGGAGAUUAUGGAGCAUUUGAAGCCUGGAGGAUGGUUUGAGCAUGUCGAAAUCUCGGUGGUACCUAAGAGCGAGGAUGGGAGUUUGGCAGGCACAAAUUUGGAGAAGUGGGGGCCGUUGGCGAUUGAGUGCGGGGAGAAGUUUGGGAAGAGCUUUACUGUGGCAGAGGAUAGUAAGGCGUUUAUGGAGAAGGCAGGGUUUGUUAAUGUGGAGCACAAGACGUUUAAGUGGCCUAUCGGUCCGUGGCCCAGGGAUCGCAAGAUGAAGGAGAUUGGGGCGUAUAAUCGGGUGGGAUGGGACGAGGGGAUUAAUGGGUGGGCCAUGUUCUUAUUUACCAAGUAUCUCGGGUGGCAGCCGGAAGAGAUCCAAGUGCUGUGUGCCCAGAUAAGGAGGGACCUACGGAAUAAGGAGAUUCAUGCCUAUCAAGAUAUGUAA